AUGUGGGACGGUAACCAGAUGCAGACAGCCGUGCUGCCAGGCCACGCUGAGCAGAGGCACGGGAAGGGGCUCCCCAUCUGUGGCCAGCGCCGGAGUGAUCGCGUGAUGUGCUACCAGGGCUUUGGGACGUGUCAACGCGUGGGCCUGGGAGCCUUCGCUCCUCGCAGCUGGUUUUAUCGGGCGCUCCCUGCCGCCGCGUUAACGGCUACACAGCGGUUAUUGUGUGAAAUUCAACUUUGCAAGUUGGCUGUUUUAAAAAUAACCCGGGUUGAAGAGCUCAGUAAGGAAAUCCAUAAUAGGAAGAAGAAGGAGAAAGAGACAUCUAGUGUAGAAGUACAGACAGAGGACUAUGCUGCUUGGUCACAAACAGAUUAUUACUACUAUGAAAAUUAUUACAACAGCGCUGAUGCUCAAGAUUGUGCCUCUGAACUACCAGUGCAGCACAAUCAUGAGACUGAAGGCACUGAGCCUAAUUUGGUGGAAGAAUCACAGGCAGCUAGUAAUAUUCCUUUAGAGGUGGAUAGCACUGAAGUUGCUGAACGUGGAGAAGAGGAAAACUUCAUCCAGAAUUCCCAGGAAGCAGAAGAUACUUCAGUCCCGGCGGGUUCGCUGGCAGAGAGCUUGAGAGCUGCUGCAGAAGCUGCUGUUUCACAAACUGGAUUUAUUUAUGAUGAAAAUACAGGAUUGUAUUAUGACCAUAGCACUGGAUUCUACUAUAAUUCGGAAAAUCAACUGUAUUAUGAUCCAGCAACCGGAAUUUAUUACUAUUGUGAUGUGGAAAGUGGCCGAUAUCAGUUUCAUUCACGAGUGGAUCUGCAGUCUUACCAGGCUUCUGGUACUCAGCAUACCAAGGAUAAAAAAGGGAAAAAGAAGAGAAAAGAUCCAGAGUGGAUUACCUCAAAUGAGUAUAAGGAUUUGGACACAGAAGAGCAGAAAUCUGCUAACAAUCUGAAUUGCUUUGCCACUACUGAGCAAGUAAGUUCUACUGAAGAAGAAGAAUCUCCAAGUGUGAGAAAGAAGACUAAAAUGGACACAAACAUGCGAAACAGUCUAACAGCCAAAGAUUCGGUUUCUACAGACAAUAUAAAUUCACAUUUUGGCAAAAGUACCCCAGAUACUGCAGCAUGUACAGAUGACAGUAGAACCAUAGAUACAGAAAGUGAGCCAGAAGAAGGUGAAAUUACUGAUUCUGAGUGCGAAGAGUAUAGCAGUGAGGAUGAAGUGACAAGUGAAGAAACUGCUGAUUCAGAAGUCUCAGAAAAUGAAGAUGAAGAAAAGAUUUGGCCUCCUUGUAUCAGAGUAAUUGUAAUAAGAUCACCAGUACUACAGACUGGAUCACUUUAUAUUAUCACAGCUGUGAAACCUGCUACAAUUGGAAGAGAAAAAGAUGUUGGACAUACGCUUCAGAUUCCUGAAGUUGGAGUCAGUAAGUUCCAUGCAGAAGUGUAUUUUGACCACGAUUUGCAAAAUUAUGUUCUUGUGGAUCAAGGGAGUCAGAAUGGAACAGUAGUUAAUGGAAAUCAGAUUCUCCAGCCCAAAACAAAAUGUGAUCCCUACAUCUUGGAGCAUGGAGAUGAAGUGAAGAUUGGUGAAACUGUACUUUCUUUUCAUAUACAUCCUGGCAGUGAUACUUGUGAUGGUUGUGAACCAGGACAAGUCAGAGCACAUCUUCGUCUGGACAGGAAAAAGGAAUCUUCUGUUUGCCCAGCACUUAGCAAAGAAGAGAGAGAGUUAGUCAGAAGAAAAGCAUUAAAACAAAUACGGGUAAAAUAUGGUUUACAGAACACAGAGUAUGAAGACAACAAAGCAGUAAAGAAUCCAAAGUACAAAGACAGAGCAGGAAAACGCAGAGAGACCAUUGGAAGUGAAGGAACUUUCCAGAGAGAUGAUACUCCAGCUUCUGUCCAUAUUGAAAUCAGCAACAGCAACAAAGGACAUAAAAUGUUGGAGAAGAUGGGAUGGAAGAAAGGAGAAGGCCUGGGCAAGGAUGGCGGUGGUAUGAAGGAUCCGAUCCACCUUCAGUUACAUAAGAUGCAUGCAGGUUUGGGUACAAGUAGACCAGCCUCAAUCGAAGAUGUUCAGAUCAUCCAGAGCAAGAAUAAAAAGAACUGGGAUAAAGCAAGAGAAAGGUUUGCUGAAAACUUCCAAGAGGCUAAAACACAAAAGGAUACACCUAAGGUUAUGCCUUGGGUUAGAGGGACUGUAGAAUAAAAUUGACUGGUCCCACAGCAGGGUAGUUCCUGUGUGUAAAUAGUUGGGAGAGAAUUUAUUUUUAUUCUUUUUUUUUUUCUUUUGCUAAAGCAGAAGUUUGGUGAUAUGUAACAUACCGUUGUGAAAAACCUCUUCAAGAUUAACUCUAUGUUCAUUGGUUUUCUGUAAUCUCCACGCUUUUAUAAAAUCACAUUUUUAAUAAGAAAUGACUGAAACGUAGAGGGAUGUUCAAAUAUAAGUACUUGAAAGUGAUUCUAUCAUGAGCAGGAACUUUCUUCAAUUGUGUUAACACAAUACUUCAUGGAAAGUAGAACAAAAUAUGUUACAUUUAAACUUAAAAAUAAUACCCUUAACGUUGGAGCAGUGGCUUAAAAGCAAUCUGAAGCAAAAAAACAAAACAAAAAAAAACCUCACCCAAAGCUGACUUACAGAACAGCACAAGAGCUUCAUAUUGCCUUUUUCUCUCCUCUCUUCUGUGUAUGCAGUGCUCAACAAGAGC